AUGUGUUCCAACAUGCUACCCGACAACAUCUACAACAGCUAUCUUGAAUACAAAAAAGACACUAAUACGUACAUCAACUGGCUCUGCAGCACUGCAACACGUAUAGGCUUUCCGCCGCCCUACAAGUCAUCGUUGGAAUCAACGGCAUCAAAAUCACAGGCCCGGAAAAAGAAGAAGCUAGAAGAGCGAGAAGUCAGUAUUAGCGGACUGAUUGCAUGUGCGGAGGCAAUCGCCGAGAAACCGCCCAAGCAAUUCGUCGUUCCUGUAUACGCUGCUCAGUGUGCAGCACGGGCCAUCAGACAACGGAAGAAGUCGUCGCAAUGGCAUGAGAGUCAGGUUGAUGGGUUGGAUGGAAUUGAGAAGGUAGUAAAAGAAGAAGAUAACGCCGGUCAUACUUUCUUCACUGAGACGCUGGAGCAUACGCUCAAUAUCUUACGACCGUUUAUACGCAACGCGCAACACGGCAACAAGACUGGUGACAAGGCUCAACGACAUGAUUCUAUGGAUGAUAUUACCAAUCGCUUCAGCAAGCUUGAGAUUGAGGAGUUGGCUGAUCAGGAAGUCGAGAGUGCUGCGAUUGCUGUCGCCGAGAAACCGCCAGCAACGUCACGGAUCACAUACGUUGUCGAUAACAGCGAAGAAGAGCGCCAAGUCGCUAUGGAAUCCCUUCUACAUGAUCACUUACGAAUCAAACAGGCCAUCCGCAAGACAUGGCAGGAAUAUUUGUUAGACAGAAACCUUGACCUCAUCACGACCGCGGCAACAACUCAAGCCGGGAUGCAGAUGCUCCGGAGUCUCGUUCACGAGUUCACGAUGCAGUUCCCCGGACUUAACUCGAUGGAGACAUUCUGCUUGAACUAUCUUCGCAAACGCAAAGACAUCCGAUCAGGUUCCGAAGAAGCUAUUCCGGUAGAUACGAGCGACGCGGAUAUCCAGAUUCCAAAGCACGUGGCCGAAUUCGGCUGCCUAGACACUUAUACCACUAUCCGGCAUGCGUUGAGUCGUUUCUUCCAGGCUGAAAACUACGGCGGUCAAUACCGAGCAAUGGAGCUUGUGCUUCAAAUCGGCUAUUUUGACAACUACAAAACGGACAUGCCUGCCCUCCAACCACUGGUCAACGCCCUGGAAGACAUCUUAGGCAUGGACGUCGACGGAAUGGGCAGCUUCCAAGAUCCUCCCAUUAUGGACAACUUCACUCAACUCUGGCGAGAGUAUCUCCAGACUUUAUACUCCGCUCCCAAACCGGAGGGACAAGAAAAGAGGGAACUUCCUGAUCUGAGCGUGGAACUGGUUCUCUGUACGGAUCUAUACCUGAAGGUACAAGAGGUCGUCGUACUUGCCGAGCCAAACAUCAUAAGAGACGACUACAAGAAUAACUGGGCAAACAAGAAUUACUAUCAGAAUGACAGCGACUCUGGUCAUUACCUGGAAUUGUUAAAACAAUACCCGUUCACAUCCAAUCCAAUCCGCAAAACACUCACCUCUUUCUUCCGAAGCGAUGCAGACACAGCAAAGGUUGUAGAGUGGCAUACCACAGAAAUGUUUUGGGGUCGACGCGCCAUGAUGAAAGAAAAGAUAACAAGUACCAGGAUAAGUGGAAGAGAAGAAUGCGUCGUUGGAGUCUUUCGUUGGGAUUGGCCACGAUAUAACCCGUUUCUAGCUGGCCUGAUAGCCUUUGUCGUCGCCCAAGCUGUUGAUGAGUUCAAUACGGUAUAUCAGAACCACAGCGGCAGCCCGGUUGCGACGGCACAUCUCUAUAACUACCUACGACAGGCUCACAGCGUGAUAGCCUCAUCCCCCUGCACGCCUGUGUUGGCAAAGGAGUGGCCAGAUAUGGAAACCUAUCUCAAGAUCAUGGGCGACAAGAGUGUAUUCGGUGGCGAUCGACCGUGGACUCUGCGACAUUGUUUGCAACGUAUAUUUCUGGCACACGGUCGCUCCCUUUCUAGCCUCGCUCGCAAUUCACACAGCGCCAACGACUGGGUAGUCAAAACCAAAACCAGACUGCAAAGCCAUAACACGCCCAUCAUAGAUGCUCUUUGUGAAGGGGGAACGCAGCGACGAAACUUUCUCAACAUCACGAACAAAACCAUACAAGAGGUCAUUCAGCGUGAGGCCACUCGCCGUGCAACCACCUCUACAGGACAAAGUAAAUUCUCCAUCAAAACCCUGACCGGAUAUCUCACAGCUUUUCGCCGCACUCUGCAGUACGAAAUACCGCGAAUGCAUUUCAUGCACUCUCUACUUGCCAUAGUGGCUCACUGGCUUCACAUUCAGCUAAAAGGCCCCUUGAGAGCUAUCUCGGAAAAUGAACAUGGCUACACACCGGCCGCGUGGGACAACGAUGACACUAUACCAUUACACAUUAUCUGGCAUGAGAGUCGCCACCAAGAGAGAACCAGUAGCCUGAACUACGAAACGAGAAAAGUGGACUCACAGCCGACGUACAAGGCGGCGAAUUUUAUAAAAGAAUGGUUGGAUAGCAAUCCAAGGGGAUCGCCAUCUGGUUCGCUUGCCACGAGAAAGUUUGAGGAGAUGGUAAAGUACGUAUAUCCUAGCAUCAAUCAUUGCGUGUACGCAAAAGACGAAGCUAGUUACUAA